CGAUACCCCAGAGAAAUAAACAGGACGACCUAGGGAGCAUUCCCAAACCUUACUUCAACAGCAUCUUCGACUUCCACACAAACCAAAUCAUAUAACCUACCUUCAUCCCCGAAUACGACCGGCUCCCGCCUACCCCCCCUCCUCGAUCGAGUGAAACCUAGCGGAAGCGAGCAGUCAACCGAAAACACACUUCAUAUCUCAAAUCAUGGGCGCAAAGACGGGCCUCUUUCUCCGGGGCCUGCAGGGCAUCCUCCGCGGCAUCCAGUUCGGCUGUGCCGCCACGGUGUUGGCCCUGACCUCUUACUUCUUGGCCACCAUGGCCAACCAUGGCCUCGACAUUGACGUCCACCUGCGCGCCGUCGAGGGUAUCUCGGGCGGUAUCACCGCAUACACCCUGAUCACCAUCUUGCUACUAUGCUGCAUCCCCGGCCAGCCGUUCUUCUCCUUCAUCAUGAUGGUGGUUGACGUUUGCUGCGCUGGCGCCCUCAUCUACGUCGCUAUCCGCAAUAAGAACGGCGCUAGCACGUGCGACGGCAUCGUCGAUACCCCUUACGGCAAGGGCAACGCCGACACCAACGUUGUCGAUAACGGCCAUGGCGGCUUCACCGUCCUUCCUAGCUUGCACCAUGCUUGCAAGAUGGAGACGGCUUGCUUGGCGGUGUCGAUUAUCGGAUGCGUUGUCUUUAUCCUCUCCCCCUUCAUGGAACUCGUCCUCGUCCGCCAUCGCAAGAAGGAGAAGCGCUAUGGCCCCUCGCCCGCCAACGACUACACCUCCGGCUCUGGUCGCAAACCGGGUUUCUUCGCCAGCCUGCGUGGCAAGGGUAGCGGCCACCCCGACGCCGAUCUGAUGAACAACAAGCUGCCUGAGCACACCAGCCCUUCGGACGUCCGUGAUAGUUACACGACGGAGCAGACCCGUGUGGGCGGUGUCGCCCCUGGGAACACGGGUGCUUACGGUAGCUAUAACCCGUACAACGAGACGUCGGUCGGCCAGCAACAGCACAGCACCACGGCGUAUAGCCCACCUCAUGCUGGUAACAACUAUAACAAGUACGAUAUGAGCUUUGGUCAGCAGCAGCAGGAUAUUGCUAUGGGGCAGUAUCCCAACAAGGGCGAUCAUGUUUAUGACCGGAGAUAAAGGAAGGGUACUGCUUUUUGAGUAAUGAG